AUGCCAAUCAGGAUGUCAAUUACAUCGAAUUCUUUUUUGAGAAUUAUGACCAAACUGAAGCAGAUGUUUUCCAAAUUUAUGAACUCUGAUGCUGAACAACAAGAGUUCACCAAGAGAGAAUUAAGAGACUUUGAAGUCGAAGAAGUAAAAUUCCAUCUCAAAUCGAAUGACAAUGAAGAAGUAGAAACACCCACUCUGACCAGGGACCUAUCUCUUUCUGAGGUUGAUGUUGUGUUUGGUAUUGAAGAUAAUGAAUACACUGGAAGAAACAAUUUCAACAAUGAAGAAUAUGAAACUGAUGGUGAAAUGAGUGACAAUGAAGGUGCAUACAGUAUUUUAAAGAAUAUGAGUAUCUUAGAAUUUUUUUUUGAGUGUGUUUCCAAAUUAGAUUUUGUCUACCGUUUCAUUAUAGUUGCAAUUACCUUAUUUGUCUCAUUGUAUGUCAUUGAUGAAGGUGUGGUAAUAUUGAUUUUGAUUGUCAACAAGAUAUUAGAAUUGUUUAAUGAUUCAUUCCAUCUUCCAUUGAGUGUUUCUGGACUAAAGCAACUGGCUGGAUUUGGUGGUUUAACAAAAGGAAUUAAGAAGUAUACUGAAUGUGGUAAAUGUCAUACGAUUUAUGAUAAUAAUGAAUCUGUUUCAUUAUGCUGUACAUCGCCUAAGUUUGAUGGUAGCUCUCUGUGUUUCACAACGCUGUUCAAAGCUGGAUCCAAGUCAAGAAUUCCAAAAAAGACAUAUAUUCACACUGCAAAAACAGAUCAAUUUCGCAUAUGUAAAGUAUACCUAAGUUCUGAUAGUCAGAAUAGGUAA